GGGCACAAUAGUUGUACUUCAGUACGUUCUGACUUUAAUUAAAGUAUAGACUCAGGUCUGAUUCGAAACAAUCAAAGAAAAUUUUUAAAAAAUUGUGAGAAAUUUGCAAAUUCGGGAUGGCAACUGUGAGUAUAAGCUUCAACGGGGAGCCGGCCGUCCUGCUGAAGCUCGGUAAUGUCUACCGCAUUGGGCGCAAGAAGUCAUAUGAGUUCUGUGUUGACGAUGAAUCCAUGGAGCUGUAUCAUGCUGUGGCAACAGUCUAUCUAGCGGGCGUCCUUCGCGUGAGUGCUCUGCAGGGAAAAGUAUUCGUGAAUGGCUUGGAGAAGAGCAACGCGGAUAUCAGCCAAAAGGAUGCUAUCGAUGGAAAGGUGAAGUUGCGCUUCGGUAAUGUGGAGGCCGAAGUGCAAGUGAUGGAACCUAUUCAGCACCAUGAUAGCAGCGGAAUCGACGAAUCCGGCAUGGACACAUCCGUAGACACAACAAUUGACAGCGACUUCGUCUCUGAAAUGCAACUCAAUUAUUUCGAUGAGAAUGAAUUAGACGACUUUGAUUUAUCUAUGAUUUUAGAUGUUGGAGAUGUACUGGAUAUCGGUGCAACCGACAUGGAAAGCAACGAUUUAACGCAGUUUAUGGACCACAUGGAAACGCCAACAGCAACUCACCUCGAAGAGGAGGACGAUAAUCAGAAUUUCAUUGCCACUCAGUUGUUUCCAAUUGAACUCAACUCUUCUGAACAGCCCAGUUCUAGUAAGAGCCCUCAGGAUUUCAUAGCCACUCAGCCAUUUCCUUCACCGAAUCAAAAGUGGUUGUACACUGCUGAAUGUACUGAAGAUCUCAGCAACAAUGAAGGCAAUCCAGAUAUGACAGCCACGCAGGGAUUACCCCCGAGGAGCAAGCAAGCAAAGAACACUCAAGAAAAUGAAGAGAACAUUACAGUUGAAAAUAAUGAUACAGAACCCAAAGCUUCCCCUUCCAAAGACGCAGAAGCUCUGGAUACUCUUAAAUAUGAUAUCAUGGAGAUGCUGAGUGAAAUGGCUAAAGGCCCUCCACAACCGCCCGAUGAUCCAAACAAGCCUCAAAUUAAGUUCGUUGAACCUUGCAUUAUUAUGGACGAAUACCAUAAUGCUAAGGUUUCCCGAAUAGAAUCCGUCUUUCCACACAGCAACAAAUCCUGGCGUUUGCCGAAAUUACCCGAAGUCUUGCGUAGCCGCAACUCCGGAUCGCUGUCACCUCCAAGUACUACAAGAGGAACAUAUCCACGACGCUUUUCAGACGAGUCCCCCAGAGUCCAGCCAGCCGGACAUAGAAAGAAACAGGACAGGACAUCGACAAGAAAGAAACAGGACAUCGAACUCGAAACAGAGGAUCAGUACGUUCCAAAUGAACCACGCGCACAAUUAACAUACUCAAAAACAAUCGAAAAGGAUCCGAAAGAUGCAACUGAAAAAGAAAUCGCUGUAGGGAAGGAAAAGACUACUAGUGUGGCAGGAUCUAGGAAGCGUAAAAUAUCAACGGAGGAUAAGCCAAAGGUAAAACCUAAAGGUAGUAAAAGUGAGACACCAUCUACCAUAGUGAUGAUGACAAGAAGUAAGGCGGCACAGGAGAAAGCUAAAGCAGAACAACAAUCCAAACCUACUGUUCGUAAAUGUUGUGUGCGGAUCAAACGAUUGGAGUGGACUGCAGCACAAAAGGAAAGCCGUUAAGAAGGGGAACAUCAAGUAGAAGAGGCAUGAACAUCAUAAUUAAGGCAACAAAACAAUAAAAAUGAUUACGUCACGACUAAGCCUCAUUGCCACGCUUAUUUCUUUGGUUAAAUUCUUAAAUUCUUAAAAAAGUCUUAUAAUAGGCACGGGAUUCGAAAGCAACGCGCCAAAUCAAAACUCAAGCCUUCACUAGUUGUACUCUUCUAACACACGGCACCAAGUUCGAAUAUGCGACAUAAAUUUUUAGUGUAUCGAUAUAAAAGUGCGAUAGAUUGUAUCGAGCCCGAAUUGUAUCGGACAUUUGAAAGCCACGGGCUUGCUUCCCCAUUUUACAGUUUCAUCGGGCCCGCGGACAAGUAAACAACGAAGUAAUGUGGAGUCUAACUUCAGAAAAUUAGUUCCGUUGAUAUAUCGACAAACAAAUCCCAUAUUGAUAUUACCUAUCAAACAGCCCACAUUUUAAAUUCUCGCCGAGGCAGGUUGAUUGGCGCGCUUGUUUCCCAUUUGUUGUGCUGUUCGUCUUUCGUCGUCAGUCGUCUGUCGUCUGUGCCGUGUCGUGCUUUUCGCCAGCGCUAAAACCGAAACCAGCUGGCAAAUACACAUACAUAUAUAUAUUUAUUUAUUAGCUCGCGGGUUCUGCAAUAUCGCCGCCAAAGAGGUCUCCCGCGCCGAGCCAACAUCAUCGUUAUUAUAAAUGUUUAUUCCGGACAGCGACGCGAAAUUUGCGGCAUUUUAGUGUGUUAAAUCAGAUGUCAAUCCGUAACUGAUCCAUUCCAUUCCAAUUGGUAGUGCUGGAUCGAGCCAAAAAUAUUCUUUAUUAAUUGAGUGUUGUCACAGCAAAACUUAAACGACGGAAUCAGCAGAACCAGAAACAGAAACGAAGUCCCAUAAAACAUAAAACGAAAAAAUAUAUAUAUUUUGUAUAAUUAAAAUUCAGAACGAGACGCGAAACACAAGGCAACACACGAGGC